AUGAAAUUUGUCCGAGCAAUUCUAGUGGCUUCUGCUCAAUCAAGGCUGAUGAUUAACAUGGACAAAUCAAAUGACAGAAACGGUCCUCUCCAAGUCCAAAAUUCCGAAUCCGACUCAAACUUCGCCCCGGAUCGAUUUCUUGGUCAGAAUGCUCAACAGGGCGACUCUUGCUGCUCAAAUAUCAUCGUCCACGAUCUUCUGAACGGACAAAGAACGUUCCAGCGAGCAGUUGACCAAGAUGCGUGGCUAGAUAAUCGAGGAGACGUGAUUUUCUUCAACUCGCAGUUUCAAAUUUGGCAGCUUCUUCCGCAGAGCAAAGCAAAUUUCUUUGGAACAGCUUUCUCUUCCGGUUCUUUCGACGAGGGAAAGGGCUGUCCAACCGACAACACCUGGACCGUCUCGAACAAAAAUCGCUGGACAACAGUUCCCAACUACUUGACUUGCCAGAGCUCAAUUUCUUCUGAAGACGCCCUCGCGUACGAUCUCUCCGAGCGAGUUUGCGAAAUGAUGAAAAACAUGGUGCCUCGAUUGAAAGAAUACAAAAUGGACGCGCUGUGCCAGAGAGCGAAGUUUAUCGCAGACCGCGUGAUUCGGCAACGAUCCUGUGCGAGCUCGAGCCUGACGCGUGCAGAUUCAAAUUUGGUGAUGUCUUUAGAUACGUUGCGAGAGUGGAGAGAUAAAUUGAUGGCAAUCAACGCGCGGCGUAACGAAAAUUGCGACAACAACGAUGAACUCGACGGGGCGAUUCAGCGCUUUUACUCCUCGAUGAAGCGAAAAGUAAUGAAGAACAACAGAAAGUGA